AUGGAAAAAAAUUGCCCAGUAUGUUAUUUUAAUUUACCAGAUCCUGAAUCAACAUUAGCUCCAUAUGAUACUGAGUUAAACUAUUUUAUGUGGGGACCAGGAUUUGAAUGGCAACCAGAACCUCAAGAAAAAGCUUCAUCAGUUGAAGAAACUUAUGAAGAAUCUGAAGAAUCAGAUGCAGAUUUAGAAAAUUUAGAUGAAAAAGUAGAUAAAAACGAUGCGAAAACAUUCUUUAAUGAGAAAAGUAAAAAUGGAAAAAUAUCUGUAGAAAAUGCCUCUGUGAAUGCUAGAAAAUUAGGUUUAGCUCCAUCAAGUACAGAUGAGGAAAAAAUUAAAGAAAAAUAUGGAGAUAAUUUAACUUAUGAUCAAUAUUUAGAGUAUUUAUCAUUAUGUAUCCAUGAUAGGGAUAAUACUGAAGAACUUGUUAAAAUGUUUGCUCAUUUUGAUAUUAAUGCAACAGGCUAUUUAAGUAAAAAACAAAUGAAAAAUAUUUUAACAACAUGGGGUGAUGCUUUAACUGAAGAAGAAGCAACUGAUGCUCUCAAUGCCUUUUCAAAGGAAGAUAAAAUUGAUUAUAAAUUGUUCUGUGAGGAAAUUUUGCAAUAA